AUGCAAAACGACGACUUUCAGAAUAGGAAAAUUAUUCGAAUGGCUUCAGAUGAUCCCAGCAUCUUCAGGCCAACAUUGGAUUGGUGGACGAGUGCCGGGAAAGGAGGUUUUUAUUCUAAGGAAUUUCUUGGAUCUGAAUCCGCACAAAUAAGCCAUGGAGUCGGCAAUGAAAAAAUUACCAUGCAAAUGCUGAACGAUCGCCUCGCCUCCUAUUUAGAGAAAGUCAAGAGCUUGGAAGAAACCAACAGUCAGCUUGAGGUGCAGAUUCGCCAGUUUCUGGAGAAAAAAGGUCCUGACGCUCAUGACUAUAGUCACUAUUAUGUCACUAUUGAAAAACUACGCAAGGAGAUCAUGGAGAUUACCUUAGGUUAUGCUACAUUGGGUUUUCAAUUCGACAAUGCCAAGAUGGCUGCUGACGACUUCCGAAUCAAGUUUGAACAUGAACUUCUCCAAAGACAGGGUGUUGAAGCUGACAUUAUUGCACUAAAGAAAAUACGUGAUGACACAAACGUGGUCCAGUUGCAUAUGGAAAACGACGUUGAAGUUUUGAAAGCCGAGCUCAUUAAUUUACGUGAACACCAUCAACUGGAAGUUCAAGAAUUGCAAAGUCAAAUCACACAGACUGGAAUUCGAGUAGAAGUAGAUGCUCCUCAGGGUCAGGACCUGAAUGCAAUUAUAGAGGGGAUAAGAGCAAAGUAUGAAAAGAUCACCUUGAAGAACCAGGAGGAACUCAAAGCCUGGCAUGAUACAAAAAAAAAUGAGGUGCAGGUUGAAGUGUCUGCAAACACAGCUGCAUUGAAGGAAGCCAACACACAAGCCAUCGAGAGCCGAAGGAAAAUGCAGUCCUUAGAAGUAGAGCUGCAGUCUCUGACUGGAACUAGAUCAUCUUUCGAAGAACCCCUCCAAGAAAUUAACCAGCGUUACGCCAUGCAGGUGAAGCAAUACAAUGGCAUCAUUGUCAAGAGAGAAGCUGAACUCAGACAACUGCGUGAUGACAUCCAAAACCAGACCCAGCAGUAUCAGGCCCUGCUGAACAUAAAGAUGAAGCUGGAGGCUGAGAUAGCCACCUAUAGGAGACUCCUGGAUGGAGAAGACUUACUGUAAUUUUUCAAAGCAGAGAACAGAAGAAGAUAAAGGUGA